ACUGCACUCUCCGGAUGUCCUGCAUGUCUCCUCGCUGUAACUGAACGCUGGUGAUGCAAUGAUCCACGUGUGUUUUUAUCUCCAGAUGUUUCAUUCUGCAUUUCUGCUCCAGUGCGAUCUGAAGUUGCUUCUGCCCUAUGCUGCCAGGACUGGGGCUAUUUUAAGGCUCUGAAGAAGGUCAGAGCUCUGCAGUGAUGUACUUCAUUUGGGCUUCGUGGAAGUAACUACAUUUCUCCCUGCAUGUCUGUGCAGGAACAUGAGCAAAGGAAACUGGAAUAACAAGAAUGUGACCUGGUUGAAUUUUCCACAGUGAGUAAAUGGGAUGUUUUAGAUGUUUUUUUCUUCUCUGUGCAUCUCUUACUCCAGCUGCUACGUAGCUGAACUACCUCGUGAUUUUUUUGCUGUUUGUUCUGGAGGGAUUUGUUCAGAAUGAUGUGGGUGAAUGGUCCACAUUUGAUGAGUAAAUUUAAAGCAGUGUAGGUCACUGCAGUGAUGUCAGACAGCGCAGACGAUGCCCUGGUUCUUCUGGAGAUCCUCGAGGUUCUGGGCGCGUGCCGUGCACGGGUGUCCUACGCAGACGUGUGCGUGUAUCUGAGUGGACGUUAUGAGCUUCACCCGCUGUUGGAGCUGAGGAGUCUGCUGUACUCCACGGCGUGCCGAGACCCGUGUUUCCCGGCCACGCUUUUCCGUGAACGUCUUCAUCCUCCCUGCAGCAACCGUCUGUCUGCGGCCGCUGACGUCGUCUCGCUCUUCAACCUGCUCACACACACACGUCUGCCGCCCUCACACACUAAUUCCCUGACCUCCUGCUUGGGCUGCCCUCAGGAGCAUGCACACUGUGAUUGGCUGCAUGCAGAAGGCGGAGUUAUAGCUCCAGGAUGUAAAUAUGAGGACUCCACUGAGGCACUGAUCAGUCUGAACACCGGGGGGUCGCACGUGAACACUCCAGCGCGAUCGCUCACUCACACGCAUCAGCGACACAUCAUGCAGAGGGCACACUCUCUAGAUGUUUCUUGCACUUCCUCUGGGAACCAAGACUCGGCCACCAAGGGGGAUCGAGAUGUGGAUCUGGUUCAAAGCUGCAUUCAGAAGAGAAGCAUCUUCAAGGCGGAAUUCCACAAACUGGUGCCGUUUAUUCCCGCAGAUGGCAGCAGUCCGAUCCAGGAGGGAUCCAGAGAGGACAGUGACGAUGGACAGUUUCUUUCCUGUAACAACCCUUAUUCUGAAUCUGCUCAUGAUGCACAUUUAGAAGAUGUUCAAACGCAGUCUUCUGAAACAGAUACACCGCCUGAUGCACAGACUCCCUACCUCCAGAAACAUAAAAGUUUAGAUGACCUGCAGAGCUCCACCUACUUUGGGCCUACAGUCAUAGAAAGGACGUACCACCAAAGUCCGGCCCUGGCGGCCAAAAGCCACAGUCUGGACAUCGACAGCAGCCUCAUAGAACCGUCUGAGCGUGACAAUCCUGGACUGGACCGGCCAAAACCACAAAGACCUAGAUCAGAAAAAUCUGCUUUAGACAAAUCUGGACUUUCAAAAACCAGAUUUACUAAACCCAGCUUCGAGGGCAGUAGCUUCGACAUUCCCGGGUUUGACCCGUUUAUCGUGCAGUCAGUUCGAGACACCCUAAAGCGUCUGAGUGGGAUAAGUCUGGAUGCUUGGUAUGACUGGUCACCUGAUGCUGAGGGCGUGGUUAGUGUGGCCACUCAGACGGACCUUGGUGACCGGCGUGCUCUGAGGAGCCUCCUACUGAGUGAAAAGCUCUCAAUCGAUAACACAGACAUUGCAGAAGAUGACAUUAGUGCAAUUUUCCGCUUUUUGGAUGACAUUAGCAUGUGUGGCUCAAUGGCCGUCCUUCCUGGAGAUUCAGGAGGACCUCAGGAAGGAGGUGGAGCUGGGUUGCCAGAGCGCCGGGAGCGUUUAGGAAAGCUCAGACGUCUGUUUCACUCUCUCGAGGGACCAGAAGAAGGAGUGCGAUGGGGCGUGGGACGACUCCUGCAGAGGGUCACGGAGCUGGAGCAGCGUCUGGAGCCAAUCUCUGAGCUGAGAGAGCAGCUGGCGCUCGUCCUCUCCACACUGAACCGGCUGGAGCAAAGAGGCCAACUGGUGCAUUCAAACUCAGAACCUGUCCAGCAGCAGCCUCCACCACAGGCUCCAUCAGAGAGAAGCUCCAGACCCAGUCUGAGUUCUGAGGCAGACGGAGCUGCCGCUAAACGCAGGGGUUUGUUUACGCGCAACUCCAGGAGCCAUACAGAGAGCAGCAGCUCUGAGCAACAUCGCGAAUGGAGCGUCAGCUACAGCAAGGAGCAACACCUACAUCCUUUACAUACCGAGCAUCAUGGAGCACUUUAUAAGAAGGAGAACCAUCCAGUUCAGGAGAGAAAGAGUUCCAUCAUCAUUCCUGACAUCCACAAGGCUCCUCCACGCUCCUCCAUGCAAAAAGCCAACCUUCACCCAACUGAUCGACCAAAGGUGUCCUGGAGUCAGUCAGAGCUCACACCCCUUGACCUGCAGGCCCCUGAGUCUCUGGACUUCUGGAUGGAUGAGGUUUACACUCCGGUGUCGGACACACUCCUGCGCCGCUCGCAGUCUCUGACACGCUGCACCCGGACGCAGGGAUACCGCAUCACCGCCAUCAGCGUCACUGCCACCGUCAUCCUCAUCCUCAUCAUCGUCAUCCCUAUAUGCACUGCCUAAAUCUCACACACACACACACACACACACACACACACACACACACGUAUAACACACUCUAGUAUUCUGGAUGUCAUUGUGUGUUUAUUCCUGUUAGUUUUUAAGAAAUGCAUGAACAGAAAUAAUUGCGUGUAGAGAGUUGAAUAAAAUGUU